AAUCUGUCCAAUUCCAAUUCCAAUUCCAAUUCCAAUUCCUAGUUUAAAUUUCUGAAGAGUCUGCUACUUUGUUCACUAUGAGUUUGUCUCGCGGUCCUCUCUCUUUCUUGUGUCACUGCAGCUCUUGCAAACAGCUCUGGAUUUUGCUGUCGCCUGAGGAUUCUAACGUCUUCCUCAAGAGGGCAGCUUUCUUGCUCGGAUUGACGUUCUGCCGUUGUCUUCCCACAAAUCUCUUCUCCCUUAAGAAGAGAGAAGAAGGAGGUGGAGGAGGAACAGGAGACGGUAAGCCUGCGAUGGAAUCUUCUGCCUCAGAGCCAACAGAUCAUUCAUGGCUACUGUCGCCGUCACAAAGUGUGGAUCUAUCCCUCACGUUGGGACUGUCCUCGGCCCUCACGGCCAGCAGCCGCGAAAGCAGCUGCCGCAGGCUCUUCCCCUGCCUCUUCUGCAACAAGAAGUUCUUCAAGUCUCAGGCCCUCGGCGGCCACCAGAAUGCGCACAAGAAGGAGAGGAGCGUCGGCUGGAACUCCGAUCGCCACCACCUUCACCCCUCGUCCUCCGCUCCCUUCCCCAUCGCAUCGCACUCGUGCAAGCCUGCCCCCUGCUCGGCAGGCCUUCCGGCCACCAGAAGCGCCGCACCUUGUUUCGACAGCUGGUUCUUGGCGAGCAGAGAGACGGCUGACCUCCUGAAUCCACGACGGGAGCCCGUCCUUCUCAGCUUGGACGCUGCUAGUGCUGCUGCUACUGCUGGUUCUUCGGCCGGCGAAGGUAGGUGCAACCUCGAUCUCGCCCUGAAGCUCUCUUCUACGCGUUGAAAAUCUCCAGCUCGAUCGAUGCUAUUCGGUGUGCCGUAGACUUGUUCAGAUGCUUUAGAUCCCCUGACUUGAAUGGGCAUUCAUUUCCGGCGUGAUAAUUAACAUUAUGUAUAUGUUUAAAGCCAUUGACGAGCUCAGAAAUGGAUUCAGCUUCUUCUGAAGCUGAAACCAUUUGCAGAGUGUUCCAUGCGAUGAGUUUUACGGGGGCAUCGUCUAAGAAGAAUAAAACGAUAGAAAUCAUAGAUUUGUUGUGUCUCUCUCGCUUAUUAUUGUAUCU